AUGUCACUUCCAGAUAGAAAAGAUGGUAUUCAGAAUACAUCCGAUGAUGUGGGAAAUGACACCCUUCCCAUUGACCCCAACAGUGGGCUUUCUCGAGGUCUCCAGACUCGUCAUUUAAGCAUGAUGGCACUAGCAGGAAUCAUCGGACCCGGUCUCCUCGUAGGUGCAGGUGGUGCCCUCGCAUCUGGCGGUCCAGCAUCCCUCCUCAUCGGCUUCGGAGUCAUUGGUCUCAUCGCCUUCUCCAUCAUGCAAUCCCUCGGAGAGCUCACCACUCUCUAUCCCUCAUCCGGCUCCUUCAUAUCUCUCACAUCACGUUUUUUCGACCCCGCCUUCAGCGUCGCCGUCGGUUGGAACUAUUUCAUCAUCUGGGCCGCCGUACUCGCAAAUGAAUACAACACUCUCUCCUCCAUUUUCAUUUUCUGGAGCGACAAAGUUCCUCUCUGGGGCUACUUUCUCAUUUUCUGGUUUGCCUUUCUCGCCUUUCAGUUACUAGGUGUAGCCGCAUUUGGAGAAGCAGAAUUCUGGCUCGCGCUGUUGAAAUUGGGGGCUUGGUUGCGUCAGGACCACACGUUGGGGUUCCAGUAUUGGCAUGAUCCUGGUGCGUUUGCGGAUGGGUUUCGAGGAGUUGCAAAGGUCUUUGUGUUUUGCUCGACUUUUUACGCGGGGUGUGAAUCGAUUGCUGUGGCGGCAGCUGAGACGCGGAACCCGAAACAUGCGGUUCCUCUUGCGAUUCGUCAGGUGUUUUGGCGCAUUAUUUUUAUCUAUAUGGGCUCUGCCCUAUUUUUCGGAAUGACCUGUCCGUGGAAUGCAGAGGGCUUAGCAAGUGCUGGAUCGAAAGCGCUCAGAAGUCCCAUGACCGUUGCGAUACAAAACGCAGGGUGGGAAGGAGGUGUUCAUCUCAUCAAUGCGUUUAUUCUCGCGACGUGCUUGAGCGCAGUGAAUAGUUCUAUCUACAUAGGCUCUCGAACAAUUUUAUUCCUAGCGCAGGAAGGACACGCGCCGAGAUUUCUCAGAUUCACUGAUCAAAGAGGAGUUCCGAUCUACGCGAUUAUUUUCACGAAUCUCUUCGGUGCGUUGAGUAUGAUGAAUGUUUCUUCCGGAGCGGGAGCCGCUUACAAUUAUAUCGUUAAUCUUUCCGGUGUCUCGACGUUUCUUGUUUGGGGCUCCAUCUCGUUUAUUCAUAUCCGUUUUCGCUCGGCGUGGAAAGCACAAGGAAGGAGAAUUUCUGAUUUGCCGUUUGUUUCGUUCGCGUAUCCGUAUAAUGCGUAUUUUGGAUUGGCGGCAAAUAUCUUUUUGGCAUUAGUACAAGGGUGGACGACUUUAAGUCCUUUUAGUGCGGGGGAUUUUGUCGAUGCGUAUAUUUUGUUGGCACUUUUUCCAUUGAUUUGGGUGGGGUAUAAGAUCUGGUUUAGGACAAAAAUUUGGGAUUUGAGAGAGAUUGAUCUGGAUGAGGGGAGGAGAGAUGAUUUGGAUCCUACGGAGGUGGGAGGGUUUGCAAGUUUAGAGGAUGGAGAGGGAAGUGAGGUGGGGAAGAAGGUGCCGUUGUGGAGGAGGAUUCUGAAGAAUUUUUAG